CGCUCAGCGUGUGAACGUUGUGUGCCUGGCAGUUAGAGCAGUCGAACAGUAAAACAGUCGAAUAGUCGCAGUCACUGUUAGCAAGCGUGAACAGUCACUGAGUCGCAGUCACCGUGAAGCGUCGCGUGCUUUUUCCACGGAACAAAGUAAACGAAGGGUACCCGAAAAAAAAAAAAACAAUAAAAAUAAAUUUAAAUAAAAUGAUGCGCUUAUAAAAUGCCCAAUGCCUCCACCCACUGCAUGAGCUGAACUCAAGAGAGACAAAACAGAGAGAGAGAGAGAGAGAGAGAGAGAGAGUGCCAGAGAAAUGGAAAAUUUGAACAACGACAAUUUUGCCACGUUGCAAAUAUAAAUUGCAUGUGCAAUGACUUUAUUUGUGUCAACACAACUCGAAAACUAAACAAAAAAAAAACAACAAGAACAACAGCAACAAAAACAAACAACAUAAGAAACAAAGCCCAUUUUAUUCGCAUUGUUGAUCAACGCUCAGCAACAACAACAACAACAACAACAACAGCGGCAACAUUGAACAACAAUUGACAUCACGCAUACGCAGCGUUUGACGCCGCAUUUUUGCUGCAAAACGCAAAAAUUUUGUGUGUUAAUUGGUCGUGGCGAAUGGACAAUUUGCGAAUAAAGUUGCAGCACAGCAGCAACUGAACGGCCAAGAAUAACAUAGCACCAACAAAAACAACCACAAGAGGCAGCAACUUGCAACGAGCCAAAUUGUUGCAUACUUUGGCAGUUACAACGAGCUCACGGACACACUUACGGCGGCAACAUGUCGAUGUUGUCGGCGACAACAACAGGAGCUGCAGCAGCAGCAGCAGCGGCAGCAGCAAGAGCAACUCGACGCAGGGCCAGAGCACGCAGUGUUGCCAACACAUUUCAAUUGCUGGCAAUCGCCUUUUAUUGUUGCUGUCAAUUUGAGCUGUUGUUGGUGCAGGCACAGCUGCAGCAGCAGCAACAACAGCAGCAACAUCAGCAGCAGCAGCAGCAGCAUCAGGUGACCUCUGGCGGGCAGCAGCAACUGAAAUAUCAGCAAUUGCAAUAUCAAAUGCAGCAGCAAUAUGAAUAUCAGCAGCAGCAACACUUUCAACAGCAGUUCCAACAGCAACAGCAACAACAACAACAGCAGCAGCAACAACAACAACAACAACAACAGCAGCAACAGCAACAUCAGCAGCAAUUAGUGUUGCCCACAGCGGCACAGGCGUUACCGGAACAACCCAUCGAUUUACUGGCCACACAACCAACUCAGCUGCUCCAAACUGGCGUCUCUCUCAUUGUGGACGAUGGCAAGCCAACGCCCGAGGCAGCUGUGUCCCGACGUCGUCCCGGCGGCGCCAAACGCAAACGACGUCCCCAACUGCCGCUGGCCACAAUGGGCGCCAACGAAGAGGAGAACAAUGGUGCCUACUGGCGCGGACAUGUCGAGGAUGAUCACAGUGCAGCUGCUGCCGGAGGUGUUGCUGUCCGGCGCAAACAAUUGCCCAUACGCGAGCCUAUGGCGGCACUGGAACGGGAACGCGACCGGCAGCGGCAGCGUCCGACAGAGGCGCCAGCCGUGGGUGGCAAGGCCUAUCGACGACCCUACGGCCAGGCCAAGAAACAGGAUCAGGAACAACAGCUGCUGCAGCUGCUGCAGCAGCAGCAGCAGCAACAACUGACGCCAACUGCUGCCACGGGCAGCAAAACGCCCGUGGAUCUGAAGAACAUUUUGAAGAAUUCCGGUGGGCUGAGUCUCAGCGAGAUAUUGCAGCAGAAAAAUCUAUCGCUGGAUGAUCUGCUCAAGGGCAAGCAAAAUGCGCUGCUGGCGCUGCAGACUACGGCGGUGGCGCCUGCAUCCGCCAGCCAGGAGCCCAAACUGAAAGCGACGGCCCAGAGCAGCAACGGCAACAAUAAGCAUGGAGUGCGACGCAUACCCGCCGCUUUCCUGGCGCAUGAGCAGGAGGUGGAGGAACUGCAGCAACAGCAGCAGCAGGAAGAUUCCCGCCAGCAACAACAGCAGGAGGAUUCCCGGGAGGAGCUGUUCAGGCCCAAGCAAAACAAAUUGCCGGCACUACAGCGUUUAAAGCUAUUCGGCAGCUCAUCGCGCGAGGGCAGCAGCACCAGACGCACUCUGCAUGCAGGCAGCACAGCAGCAACAGCAACUGUUGCUAGCAGCUCAACGACAACAACAACAACAACAACACGUUUGCCGCUGUACAAGAAGCGACAGCAAAUGCGCUCCACACUAAAGCCGCCAGCAUUGUUCAAGGCAACAGCAAGCAGCACAACCACAACAACAACAACAAAAGCCGCAGCAGCAACAGCAGCGGCAACAACAACAACCGAACUGGAUGAGCAGCAAUUGCUGCUGGAGACAACAACAGCUGCUGUGACAGCGGCAGCAACAAUUGCGCCCGAAACCGAUGUGUCUGAGGAGGAGAACAGCAGCGAAUUGCCGCCAGCAACGCGUUAUCGCACGCGUCACAACAGCAACAACAGAGGCAGCAGCAGCAGCAACAGAGGCAACAGCAACAGGGACAGGGACAGGGACAGCAGCAGGGAGCAAACGAAACGUCUGCGCGACAAUAUUAUUGGCAGCAAUUAUGAGCGGAAUUCCGUGGAGAGCAUUGAGGAUGUGGAACUGGAGCUGGCUGAAAAUGUUGUCAGCACAGCAGCAACACACAACAGCAGCAGCAGCAGCAACAACAGCGCCGAGCAGCUUGGCUAUAAUGAUGGAAACGAUGAGCUGGAGAACUUUUUCGACGAGGUCGAGAGCAAUACGCAACAUAUAAGCGUGCCAGCGCCAACAACCACAGCCCGGCCAAGCACUCCGACUAUGCGUGUCCGGGCUAAGCAGCCCCGGCCACAGAUGCAGCCGCAGCAACAGUCGCCAGCGCCGAUGAUUUUAAUGGAUGAUGUGGACGAUCGCACAGAUCUGUUGGAACUGAUCGAGGAUCGACGUUCGGGCAAUCGUUUGUUUAAGGUGCUCGAACAGCGCAACAUGACGCUGGAGGAGCUGAUCGAGCAUCGCAAGCGGGGCUCCAGUCAGCUGCAUUUGUCGACCAUACUCAGCACGGGCAAGGAGCAUUCGCGUUUCUAUCCCGGCCAGAAGGUUGUGCUGCAGGAUAAUAUGGAUAUUGUGACGGCAUUUGAGAAUUUUCCACAUUUCAAUUUGAUUGAUUUGAAGAGCGUUAAGCCGGAUGAGAUAAAAACGGAUUCGCAGGGCUCCAGUUAUUUUACAUCGAUUAUCGAUAUUGAGCCCAAUAAUGAUAAUGGCGAUAAUGGCGAUAACAGCGAUAACAACAAUCGUAAUCGAGGACCCUCCUAUGACCAAUCUUCCCUAGCAGCCACUGCAACAGCCCAACAACAACAACAACAACAGCAACAGCUCCAGCAGCAGCGCGGCGAAAAAUCACUCGGAUUUUUCCCUUCAUGGAAAACUCUGGCGCUCGCCUCGCUGGCAACGGCAACAGCUGCACGCGCCGCCGCUGCCAAUGCGGAUGAUAAGCGCAGUGCGUAUUAUUUGCCGCCGCCACGCCUACUACUCGACGGCAACUCACAGGAGCAGGACGACAGCAACAACAACAGCAACAACAACAACAACAACAACAACAGCAUGGACAUAGAUCUUAGCGUGAAUGGGUUUGGCGGCGGGAUCAAUAGAAAUGUUAGCAAACUGGCGCCCAGCGAGGACAACAGCGAUGUCAUCGAUACCAUUGAGAACGAGGUAGCGCGUGCGCAUGAUUUACUCGAUUUGGAGCUAUCCGGCCAUGGUUUUCGACGCAGCCCGGCCGCCGCGGCCGCCACAUCCAUGUCACAACAGCAUUUGGGCAGCCUAUACGCCAGCAUGCCGGCGGGCAUACGGUCGGCAAUUGUGGCCAGUGCGGCCAUUGUGCUCACCUCGCUGGCCACGUUCAUGGUCAUAUUUGUGGUGUGCCGCUGGAAGCAGCAUCGACGUCGCAAGACCAGCUACCUAAAGACCUACAAUGCGAUGAAGAGCAAAUUGCCGCAAUUGGCGCAAACGGCGAACGCAUCGAGACGCUCCUCGCUGCGCCAGCACAUGGAGGAGCUGGUGGUUAGCAGCAGCAACAGCAGCGAUGGCUGCCACAAGCCAACCAUUGCAACGGUCUCGUGCAACACCCCAGUGCAUCAGCAACAUCAGCAGCAGCAAUCCCAUCAGCUGCAGCGUCAGAGCUCGUUGUUGUUCAGCCGCGAGGGCUGCUGUGCCAGUUCUCUGACAAAGGCGGCAACAGUUGCAGCUACAGCACCAGCAACAACAACUGCGGCAGCAACAACAACAACUGCCACUGCCACGGCAGCUGGGCGUGGCGUUGGAUCAUUGGCCCUAACACUGCGCAGCACACACCAGAAACUCAAUACCAUGGAUCCCAAUUCGCCGGAGGUGCAGGAAUAUCUAUUCGAUACACUGCGCAAAUCGUUCGAUAAUUAAGCGCUAGGCUCUAGAUAAAACAGUUAGAUAACACAAACACACACACACACACACAUACGCAUACACUCUCAGUCCAGAGACAACACUAGACAACAUGGUAGUAUCGCUCCGUUUAGGCCAAGUUUUAUAUAAACUAUAAAUAUACAUAAAAAUAUUAUAAAUAUAUACACAGAAAAUACGUUAGUUUAUGUACUUAAGAGAAAUGGAAUUUUUUUUUUUUGUGUGUGGUUGCAUUAGGACUAGAAAUGAAAAAUAGUUUGGGAUCAUAUGACACUGUCCGACAAAUUGCCGGCGGAAGAGAUAGUAAACGUGAUAAGCGUAGCGAGAAGCGAAGCUAAGGAAAGUAGUUGGCAAAGCGCGAAGCUUUACGAAAUGACAGGAAGCGUAGCGAGAAGCAUAGUGAGAAGCGCAGCGACAAGCGAAAAGUAUGAGGCAAGGCAAGAAGCGUAAAGGAAAGUUAGCGAGAAGCGUUGCUAAAAACACAGUGAGAAGCACAGCGAGAAGCGAAGUUAAGGUUAGUAGUUAGCAAAGCAAGAAGAGUUACGGAAAGCAAAGCAAGAAGUGUAGUGAGAAGCAUUGCGAAAAGCAUACUGAGAAGCGAAACGAGAAGCGAUGAAAAGAGCGGAAAGUGAAGCGUAACGAAAGAUGAGGCUAAAAUAAUAGAAGAGAAGUGAGAAGCGAAAAACAAAGAAAGCGAAGCUUAGAAGGAAAAGUAUAGACGUAAAAGACCUAUGGGAAAACAUUGUCAGAAGCCCAGUAAGAAGUGCAGCGAGAAGUGUAGCAAGAAGAAGUAUUGCUGAUCUAGAAAAAAUGCAAUAUAAUAGAAGGAACAAAACACAGACUAAUGUGAAAGGAAAGUGAAAAAUCUGUUAGCCAUGCUGAACUCUUCUUUUUCUUAAAAAAAAAAGUAAAGUGCGCAGAUUUAAAUAAGUAAAGCAAGCGUUGCAAGAAGUAAACCUUUUCAAUUUUCAAUUAAAAAGUAAUUACUAUUUAGAGAGAAAAAGCUGUACUAAACUGCUAAUUAUCUGAGCUUAUCUACUACUCCCACUUUGACAUUAGCCAAACCGAAUUACAGCUGGGACUUUCACUAAACACGAACUCACAGCCAAAAACCACAAUUCAAGUGCAAGCUAAAUUGUACUUGCGGAAAACAAUUUUGCUAGCUUCAACUUGUGCUCACAGCAACGAGGUAAUUUGUAGUGCAGUGUCAUGUUUUCCUAAGACUCAUACUUCAACAAAUAGAACUUAGAUCUUAAGCUCUAAUUACAAUACGAACUACAGUCGACCCAAUGCUCGGGCGUGUGGCACGUAAUUUUAGAACUCUAACCUACGGACAAAAUAAAAAAAAAAACGAAAAAUUAAUAAAGUAAAAGUGAAACUAGAAAAUGGAAA